CAAAAUACUGUAACUGGUUCAUAAAUCUACCAGAAACAGCUUUGUCACGAUGUGGUGACAUCUCUAAAAGUUCGCUCUCAGCUCAGCAUUCACCGACUCUGAAGACCUCCUGUUGGACAUGGGCCUGGGCAGUUCCUGGGGCCCCAGGACCUUGAGUUCUUUUGAACUUUAAUCUUUUAGCAGUUUCAUCAACCCUGGCUUUGCUUUGGCUGAGCUGCCCAGUAAAUCCCUGAGAGGGAAAGGGACUUGCCCGGGGCCACACAGCAAUCAGGUCUUCUCUCUGCCCAGGACUGCCUAUUCCCCUGGGCUGUAGCCUCUCUCUCUUCCCUGUGACCAGCAAGAGUCCCUGCUUGUCUGGGCCUGGCUGUAGCCCAGGCCUGGACCUCUUGGGGUUGCGAGUGAGUGAGCAGAUCUCUCAGCACCGCCAUCAGCCUCAGCACGUGGAGAGUUAACAGCUGGGCCCCUCCCAGUCUCCAGAGCCACCACCCUUAGCAACGGUCUUGCCAGGCAGGACGCAGACCUAACACAGAGCAAAGUCAGCAGGACUUGGGGACAGACACAGGCCAGCCAAGCAAGUGUGGGUUGGUUGGCAGCUUGAAGCCUGUGCCUGGCUAGCUGGGUGGGAAGUCCCAAGUGCCCACAGACCCGACCCAGAAUGGAUGCCGUGGAUGCCACUGUGGAGAGGCUGCGGGCACAGUGCCUGUCCCGAGGGGUCUCAGGCAUCCGGAGCUUGGCCAGGUUUUUCCGUCGCCUGGACCAGGAUGGGAGCCGAGUGCUGGAUGCCAGGGAGCUCCGGCGGGGCCUGGCAGAAUUGGGGAUGUUGCUGGAUGAGGCCGAAGCAGAGGGUGUGUGCAAGCGCUGGGACCGCGAUGGCAGCGGGACACUGGACCUGGAGGAGUUUCUGCGGGCCCUGAGGCCCCCCAUGUCCCAGGCCCGGGAGGCAGUCAUUGCGGCUGCCUUUGCCAAGCUGGACCGCAGCGGGGAUGGCGUGGUGACUGUGGACGACCUCCGUGGAGUGUACAGUGGUCGUGCCCACCCCAAGGUGCAGAGUGGGGAGUGGCAGGAGGACGAUGUGCUCCGCUGCUUCCUGGACACCUUCGACUCCUCCGAGAAGGACGGGCAGGUCACGCUGGCAGAAUUCCAGGACUACUACAGUGGCCUCAGUGCCUCCGUGGACACAGAUGAAGAGUUUGUGGCCAUGAUGACCAGUGCGUGGCAGCUGUGAGCAGACUGCCCUCGCUCAGCUGGUGCCCAGAGCCGAGGACCCCUCCCACCUGCCUGAGCCGGCCCCUCCCCAGACAGCCCCAGCAGGGACACGAGUGGGAUUUGAGUGGGAGUGGAAUCCGUGAGAACUGAGCCUGAGGAAUUGGUGAGACCAGGCCUCCUGCUGGGCCACCAGGCAGACGUGGGACAAAAGUUCCAAAGGUCACUGGCUCUGGACCCCAGGGAAAGCGGCCCUUAGGCCGCUUGUUGACCAAGGCCCCAGUCACUGCAGGUACCCUCACUCCCUCCCCUGUGGAUCCCGUAGAGAGCCAGGUGACCCCUGAGGGGGGAGCAAACAGCAGGUCCGAGUGGAGGCUCCACAUGGAGGCCAGUCUUGGAAGGCAGUUUGGACUCCUGCCCAGGUGUGGAGUGCGAGGCAGGGCAGGGGUGCUCGGGCAGCCAGGCUACUUGGGCACCUCUCCCUGUGAGGCGUAAGCUGUUCCUGGCUGGGCUGUCUGGCUUCCUGAGGCCCCUGGGGCAUGCAGGAGGCUGGGGUUUUAGUUAAAAGUUUUAAUGUAGUUCCCAAAUACAUUUCAUAUGACAAUCUUACAUAAAUGUUCCAAAACACA